GGCGGGGGCCGCCGUGCCGCUGUGCAGUGCCGGCGGUGCGUCAUUAUCUAUUAACGCUUCAGCGUUGGCAGAGAACGUGGCUGAAAAGCUACCGACGUGUGCGCCCGGGAUGAGCGCGGGAGGCUUGCAUCGAGCUCUGCUCUUAGAUGCGCUGUGCAGACACUGUGUGGGUGUUCUUGUUUUGCACCUAUGAGGGCUUGUGUCGCUGAUGCGUGUAACAGCUGUAGGGCCCGCAGCCGUACCGGAGUCACUCCUGUUCUUUGGUUGCUGGCGUGGAUGUGCUGAGCAGGAAGAUGCAGCUGCUGUUGGCCCUGCCUGCUCACACGCUUUUCCUGCCCAUCUUCUGACUUGUUGCCUCCUGAAAGGGUUUGGGUUUGGUCUGCGUUUGUUCAUGCUUGGCUUUCCCAUCUGUGCUUAACCAAAUGACUUAUGUAACGAGUCUUUGGUAGAAUUUCUGUCAUUGGAAGCCCCGCCCAUUUCUCAGCAGCAUACACAAGAUCUAUAAAUGAAAGACAAAAAGAUCAGUGAUGCACAUACUUCACAGUUGUCCCUCCAGUUGCCUACUCUCCUUACCAGUUACAGUAAUACUAUUACAUCUUUGAUUAGAUUGCUGUUUUGGCUCCUGCAAGCACAUCUAACAGGAUAGAUCACAUUCGUCCUGCUAGGUUAUAAAAUGCCAGUAAUUAAGGGGCUGCAGUGAAAAGUAAAGACGUGUGGGCACCCUUCCUACUGUUUACUGUGUGUAAAUACCAUAGGUGGCUCUGGGGCUGUAUAGAAUUCUGUGCAACAUGAUAUAACCUCAUCUUUGGAGCUCCAUGUAUCAUUCAAAGUAGUGUCUCAAAAAAGCUUCAGAAAUACAUUGGGAAAAGUUGCUGUAACCUUGUCAUCCUUAUGGUUUUUAAAUCAGUCUUUUUAGCAGUGAGAAUCUGCUAAGUGUAAAAACAGGAUUGUAACUUCAAUUAUGAUUUUAGGACUUUUCAAUGUUCUGUCUUUAGCCACUUAGCACAGUUACAUUAACAAUAACAAUUUUCCUGUAAAUAAGCAAUCUUAAGCAAACAAAACCUUUUGGAGUGAUUUCUGUGUUGAUCAGUGUUGCAGUCAUGUCUGACAAAAGCGAACUGAAGGCGGAGUUGGAGCGCAAGAAGCAGCGAUUGGCUCAGAUCAGAGAGGAGAAGAAAAGAAAGGAGGAAGAAAGAAAGAAAAAAGAAACUGAUCAGAAGAAGGAUGUUCUUCCUGUUCAAGAAGAAUCUGACCUUGAAAAGAAGAGAAGAGAAGCUGAAGCAUUACUUCAGAGCAUGGGCUUGACACCGGAGUCUCCUGUCGUCCCUCCUCCUACCUCUCCGUCUUCCAAAUCUGUGAGUACGCCAAGCGAGGCUGGGAGCCAGGACUCCGGCGAUGGCGCCGUUGGAUCCAGGACGCUGCAUUGGGAUACUGAUCCAUCAGUUCUUCAGCUCCACUCUGAUUCCGAUCUGGGACGCGGACCUGUUAAACUUGGAAUGGCCAAAAUCACACAAGUUGACUUUCCUCCUCGGGAAAUUGUUACAUAUACGAAGGAGACACAAACACCUGUUAUGACUCAGCCAAAGGAAGGUGAAUGUUAAUGUAGUACAACCAAAUGUAUUUUUCUUUCUUUUCUUUUAGCGAUUGGCUGAAUUAGAGCCAACGGUUUUGAUCUCAAAACUUAAUGUGGUAGAAUGGCUGUUGAUUUGUGAUAUAAUUUGUAUAAAUUCUACUGCUAAAGACUUGUAGGUCUGCCUUAAGAGUGUUACUGGCAUUCUACAUCUUGUUUAAUUGUAACAUUACUCUUACUGAUAAUAUGUGGCAAUUUAUUGGUCAGUGUACAUUUAGACAUUCAGUUUCUUAAGUAGCUGUCAACCAAUAAAUGAAUGUAGGAUAUAUUUUGGAUUGAGAACUCCCCCGGAACUUUCUUGGAAGCUUUGUGUCUAUGCAACAAACUGAGUGAACAGAAUGACAGCAGGUAUGUUUUUAUGCAUAUACAUAAAGCGGAGAGAAUCUCUCUUAAUUCUUGUAUCUUGACACUUUAAAAUGCUGCUAGUGCCAUGCUUUUGUGCAAAGGAUGAUGGAAACAUUUUCAUUAGAUAUGCUUGGCAGUCCUGUUAGCUUUAGGUCCUUUUGUGCUGUAGGGUGUGUUAUGCUGACACUGAUGCUGCAGAAUAACAAUCCUAUUUGUUCCAUUUCUUACUUUUCUAGGAUGUUUGCUCUACAGAAAGAAAAAUUUAGCUGAAUUUCUGCCUAGUUACAUAUUUGCUUUUGCUGCAGUGUAUGUAGUAGCUGUCCACUGCAAACUUAAAAAGCUUUUUCUCUUCAAGACCUCCCAGACUGGAGCAUGCAAUUGCCUAUUUCUCACAUACAAGAAAGUUACUAGAACUUAUAUUAGUAGCAAAGUACUUCUACUUUCACUUCAGCAUUGCUUCUCUGUGCCUCAGGUGGUUGCAUACUUCAAUUUGUGAGUUGAGUUGAGAAACAUUCAAGCUAAAACUAAUCUGGAGGUUCAGAUAGGAAGUAGGGGAAAGCUAACUUAAAACUAAAAGAGUUGAUAAUUGUUGUAGAAGCUUUUGUGGCACAACAAAUGAAGUGACUGUUACAUAGGGGAGGCUUUGAAUGUCAGCUUUAAGUUACAGUCAUGAAGAUGCCCAUUUUCAGUUCACUGUAACAAAGUUGAAGUUAAUAAGCAUGUUUCAUAGUUCUUGUAGGAGGAUGUCCAAGUCCAAAGUAGAUUUACAAGGUAAAUCCACAGUAUUUUAAGGAUUUCUCAUACAAAGACUGGAACCCACGGCUGCUUUUUCCUCUGGUUUCAAUUUAUACGAGCCCAUCACUAAUGACAUAAAAGAAGAGAAGCACAGAAAUAGUGUUGGGGUAGAGAUCUUUGUGCUCAAGACCUCUUGUUUUGAUGAAAAUCUAAGCAUGUCUUACUUCAGUAUUUGAAUUUUUUCACAUCUUUGUUCUUUUUUUCCAGAUUUUUCAAUAGCCUUAGUAUUCUAAUCUUACUAUAGCAGCUGCAUUUAUCAUGUGAAAGAAAUAAAAUGUAGUCAUGAAUGGUUUGCUGUUCCAAGGAAUGCAGCAGAGAUAAGUUAUCUUUUCCUCCCUCCUGACAUGCUGUGUUUCUUGUUGUUUUUUUUUUCUCAUUCUGUAAUGAUGACCUGUUUUUUGUAUUAGGGACCAAAUACGUUUAUUGUGGCUUAAGUGUUGUGCCAUACUCGGUGCUGUUCUCCCUUAUUUCAUAACUAAUAAACCUUAACAUCUAGGUCUCUAUGGCAUUACUACCACUUCAGUAAUUUUUGUCACCAUCAUAACAUGAACAUACUGUUACGCUGCUCCAUUCCCCAUCAUCCUCAUUCUGCCAUCCCCAUUUCUGCUGUCUAAUUCUAUUUCUCACUUCCCAUGAUGCUGUGUAUAACACUCCUGCCUGCUUCUCUCAAUGUCCAGUUUUGGUGGAUGUGCUUUUCAGUUAGUAUGGUCAACUGGUUAUUAGGAUUACUAUUUGGCCUCUACUUGGCAUGCUCUAUCAGGCAACGGGCUUUGGAUCUACUCUCUGAAGAUAUAUUUGAAAUUGUGUUCUCUUUGUACAUUCAUUUCUUUAUAGCAGACAGCAGGAGAAGCAGUUUUAGCAACAGAGAGGCAGAUGAUGUGUGUCUUCAUGUUCUGCAGGUUCAAGUUACUGAGUUCAGUAAUUAUUGAUGCAGACAUUAUCCUUAUCUGUUAUUCUUGUUGCAUGGCUCUCUACCUUACUAUGUGAUCUCUUGCUUUUUGAUUUGCUAAGCUGUUGUUGGAAUAUGCAUGGGAAGAAGUCACCAGUGCAGCCAAUAUUAAGAUGUAUUAUUUUGAGUCCUUGAAGUGGUUAAUCUAAGGAAAGAUAGCUGUACAGUUGAAUACACUUCUGCUUACCUCUCAGUCAAGACUUUUCCUGGCAAACAGGAUCUUUGCUUGGUGUCACUGUACAAUGCAGUGCAUAUGCAGUCAGCACUGACUGCAGACAGUAUUGCUCCAUCAGCUUUACUUCUUGAAGAGUUUAGAAUUUCAUUUAAGAAUGAAGAUACCGAGUACUUCUUCCUUUUAAGCAGACUGGAUAACAAUUUGGAGGUAUACGUUGUUCUCUCAGAUGCUUGUUACAGUGAAAGUACCGUUUUUAUGUUCUAAUAUUCUAAGAAGAAAUAACAGAGCCUUAUAUGUUCAUGUGUUGCCUUGGGUAGGUCUUAAAUGUACAGUGAAAUAUAUGUGGGAAAACUUGAUAUGAAGAUAUACUCUGCUUAACAAAAGCCACCCAUUUCACAGAUGAUUUAACUUUGAUUAACCUACUCUGCAGCAACAGAUUACUCAGACAACUGGAACUUCACUCUGUAGUGUUAUCGCUGGGUGCAGCCUAAUAUACAGCACUGCUUUUCUUUCCAUCUUGCCAAAAUACAUCACAAUUUUGAUGUAAACUUGAAGUCAAAAUCUUGUGGUUCAUUAAACCUGCUUUUACUGUUCAUUGACAAGAAAUUUGUCCUUGUGGAAGUGGCAGCCUAUGUAGCAUUCUUUCGUGCUCACUUGAUAAUGUAGGAUUCCCAGCUUCCUGUCAGAAAAAACAUGGACUUAAUCACUUGGCAUGUUAUAAAGAAUGUUCAUCAAUACAUUAAUGUGACACAGUCCUAUUUCCAGUGGUUCAGAGCCGUGUGACUUCCCUAACUCUUAACAGCUGUUUUUAUAAACUAAGGAACUGCAUGUGGUAGCUGACAGUUGAAGUGCCAAUAGGUACAGUCAGUAGAAAAUAAUGAGGAUGAAGUUAGCCAGUGCCUUUGAGAUUUCUGUAUUCAUAAAGCUGACAUGAAAUUAUGUAUACCAAUGUUUCAUGUGGAUCUUUGACUUCCUAGACAUGCAGCUUCUUUAGGAAUUGUAUGCCUGAUCUUUCAGUGUUUGCUGGGUAUUACAUUGCUGUUCCCUGGAAAUACCAGCACCUGAACUAGGUAAUGAAAUCCAAGUAUGUGAGGGAAAAGAGAAGUACAACCAAAACUUCUUAGCUCUUUUUCUGUACAGCAUCACAGUACCUUUUUAGACUGUAAGUGCUUGUGAGCAAGCAUUCUACUAUUGGGUAAUGAGGUCAAGAACUAUUUUUUUUCCCAUGGGAUCCAAGAAAGUUUGCGUAUGACUUUUAUUUCUUUGAAGAGGCAGUUUUAAGAUUUAUGUAGUUACAGAUAAAUCACAGUGAGAUGACAUGUUCAAUUUCAUGUCUGAUACUUUGAGAAUAUUAAAAUAAGUGCUUAUCCUGCAUUUCAGUGCAGUAAUAUCAGCUGGCUGUAUGCAAUGCAAGUACUGUGAAGGAAUUUAGAUCUCUGUAUAAUAUAUGCCAUUUAUGUUUCAAACAUUAAAAGGCACGAGCAAUCAACUAUAUGAUCUUUUGAAUAAAAUAUGUAGAUUAGAAGGUCACUUAGCACUAAGGGGUUGACCGUCUGCAUUUGAAAAGAAUUUGACUCCUGUCACUGAAAAUGGUACUUAGAAUCAGUGUAGUAUGGCUAACAGGGGUGGGUUGAAAUUUCUAAUCUGGGACUUUCAGAGCUGGAAUAACGUAUCCAGAGUGACCCCAACGAAAUGUCUGAAUUUAGGGCAUCACUUCAGUCUGCUGUAUUGAUUGGCUGGGAGAGUGAGGGGGCCAUUUUUAUCAAAGUAUAACUUGAAUUUGUUGUCCUGUGUUUGUUGUUCUCAAAAUAGCAUCUCUUAACUUGUAUUAUGUUUUUUUAAUUAAUUAGUGUUCACACCUAUCGUGAUUUGACAUUAAGAAUUAGGUGUUUUGGAAUUGCUGCAAGUUGUCUGGUGUUCAGAUUACUCGUCUGCUGUACACGCGAAUCCAUCUAAAGGGAGCAGUGUCUUUCUGUUUCUCUGCAUGAUUAUUUUGCCCAAAAAAGCUUUCAUUUUUUUUAAGUAGCACAAAAGCUGUAAUUGGCAUGCUUUGUAAGGAAGUGUCAAUGUGCAAGAGAGUGGAGAUCACUAAGAAUUCUUUUACGCGUUCUUUCCCCUUUGCACCACCGCCUCCUCAGCAGGGUCACUGAGAUCACUAGCUUUUCUUCAAAUGGCCAUUUUCACUGGCAGGUGCAUUAUACCCUGUAUUUUCAGAUUGUUUUUCCAUUCUGAAUGUUUGGCAGGUUGAUUGCUCUGGCUGCAUUGACGGAGAAAGGGCUGACAAAUGCGGUUGGGCUGGCUGAAAAGACAGUGAUUACUGUUUUCCUUUGUGGCUGAUUGAGGCCCUUGAAAGGAAAGAUUUUAACCUUCACCAUUUGGUUCAAAAGUAUGAGCAUAUAUUGAAAUCAUUCAUGCCAUUUAUCCUAGUUCUGUAAACUUGUCAGAACGUAAAAAUCGCUCAAUUUCAAGUAAUGUAGGAUUGGCAUACGUCAUUAUCAUUUUGAUUAAGUUGGAGUUUGUAUUAUUGUGUGCAUUAUACAGUGCCAUUUAAAGAUAUCUUUCCUGCAGGUACAGUUAUAUUUUUAUUGCCUACACUAUGGAGUUAGAAAGAUUUUCAGACCUCUUUAAAUCUAUCACUAUGUGUGUGGUUUGGCAGCUGGUAUGGCCUACAAGCUGUAUUUUGUUUGCAGGGUAAAGGCUUGUCUGUAGACCUCCUGGAGUGCUGGUAAUUGCACAGGCUUGCCAUUGGGGAAAGACAUGAUUGGAAGCAGUCAGGCAGAAAAAUGCUGUGCCAUCCCAUUGCCACCUCAUAGCUGAGAGACAAUCCCAGCAGUACCAUCUGGUUGUUGCUAUCUAGUCAGCUGGCUGGCUGCUGGGACCCUGGCUCGGCAGCUGGUUCCCAUCCCUUGACCAUGCUUUUUUUUCUC